CAUGGCCUCCUGGAACCGCCACGGGAGUCGGAUGAGAGGGGCGAAAAUGUACACACUAAUGUUACUGAUGUGGCUGGCGUCAGCGCUGGAAGCAGUUAAGGUGUCCCCUCUUAUCGAGAAAAUCAGCGACCACAAAGACUUCAAAAAGCUCCUUAGGACAAGGACCAAUGUCCUAGUGCUGUACACCAAGACAGCCACAUCAGGGGACUCGCGGCUGAAGCUGCUCUCAGACGUUGCUCAGACGGUGAAGGGCCAAGGGACCAUCGCCUGGGUCAACUGUGGAGAUGCAGAGGGUCGUAAACUCUGUAAGAAAGUGAAGGUGGACCCAGGCUCUAAGGGUGGUGGGACCGACCUCCUCCAUUACAAAGAUGGGGCGUUCCACACAGAAUACAACAGGCCGGCUACGUUCAAGUCUAUGGUGGCAUUCCUGAAAGACCCCUCGGGACCCCCGCUGUGGGAGGAGAACGCUGAGGCAAAAGACGUCGUCCACAUAGAGACAGAAAAAGACUUCAGGAAGCUGCUAAAGCGAGAGGAGAGACCGAUCCUCAUGAUGUUCUACGCUCCCUGGUGCGGUGUGUGUAAGAGAAUGCAGCCAAUCUUUCAGCAAGCAGCCACAGAGACCAAGGGAAAAUAUGUACUGGCAGGGAUGAACGUGCACCCAGCAGAGUUCGAUGGCCUCAAGCAGGAGUACAAUGUCAAGGGCUACCCGACCUUCUGCUACUUUGAGAAGGGGAAGUUCCUCCACCACUAUGAAAACUAUGGAGCUACAGCCAAGGACAUCGCUGACUGGAUGAGAAACCCCCAGCCUCCUCAGCCCAAGACUCCCGAGGUGCCUUGGUCAGAGACGGACUCGGCAGUCUUCCACCUGACCGACGAGACUUUUGACAGCUUCCUGGAAGAGAACCCGUCGGCCCUGGUCAUGUUCUACGCCCCUUGGUGUGGCCACUGUAAGAAGAUGAAGCCAGAGUAUGAUGAAGCCGCUGAAAUACUAAAUAAGGGCACAGACAGUCCAGGUGUGUUGGUGGCAGUGGAUGCCACAAUACACAAGGCAGUGGGCGAACGCUUCAAGAUCUCCGGUUUCCCUACUGUCAAGUAUUUUGAGAAGGGCGAGGAGAAGUUCACGCUGCCCCAGCUCCGAAGCAAGGACAAGAUAAUUGAGUUUAUGCACAAUCCCCAGGCGCCCCCUACGCCAGAGCAGUCGUGGGAGGACAAACCUUCCAGUGUCAGCCAUCUUGGAUCCGAGGAUUUCCGAGAGGCUUUGAAGAAGAAGAAACAUGCCCUGGUCAUGUUCUAUGCUCCCUGGUGUCCUCACUGUAAGAACGCCGUCCCCCACUUCACUGCAGCUUCAGACCUCUUCAAAGAGGACCGCAAGAUCAUUUAUGCUGCUGUGGACUGCACCAAAGGACAAAACCAUGAGCUUUGCAAACAGGAAGGGGUGGAAGGCUACCCAACUUUUAACUACUACAACUAUGGCAAGUUUGCGGAAAAAUAUAAUGGCGAUCGCGGGGAGGCGGGCUUCAUCGGUUUCAUGCGCAGCCUGAGAGGACGGGACCAGGAGAAGGUUGGCAGGAGAAAAGAGGAGCUCUAAUAGCCGUGGCAGUCGGGGUGGAUCUUGUCUUUGCACUGUGACCCUUGAUCCUAGCAGGGGCCCGAUCGGCACUGACGUGGGGGACUUGAUGACCUCAGUGAAAGGCUAUUUUUUUAUACCAUGGUGAUUGUUGUUUGUAAUAAUACCAACAGAGUAUCACCAGUCCAACUGAGACCACUUGAUACUUAUUUUUUUCAUGGAUAUUUUGAUGGGGGAAAAAAAACAAAUUACACAAACCAAGCAAAUGAUUCUUUUUUUUAAAACUUUUUUUUCUGCCCAAAUACUGUGACUGCAUAUGUGAAAAGCUACACCCUAUACUGUAUCUAUGCAAUACUGGCCCCUGCACAGCCCUGUGGGAGGGUCCGUGACAUGAUAGAGGCCCAUGGCGGUGGGUGGGGGGGUGGUACUGUAGGUACCGUUAGUUAGACCCAGAAGAUGCUCCUGCAGCUCACCACAGAAAUGAACAUCAUACCACAUGGGUCCUCAUCCUGUCCUCUAAACACCCGCUGUCUCUGUAAGACUAAUGUGCUGAUACAGCUGUAAAACUGACGGCUCCAAUGUUUUUAUAUCAAGCCCUCAUGUCAGAAACCCGGAACCAUUCCCAGUAUUGCUUUGUUAGACUCACAGAUCAAUAAAACAUUUUUUUUAAAAAGCUGUGAAAUAGAUAUUCUCUGAUAGAGCCUGAAGACACAUCUUGCAUUCAAGAAACCGAUCUGUCUGCCGUAAACGAAAGGUCUGAGAUGAUCUUUUUUUUGUUGUCCCAAAUGUAUUUUUCAUUGUGGCGCCCCAUUCUGCCGUAAAAAAAAAACCAUAAGAAAGGUGAUCAAGUUUACAGGAGCAAUACUUUGAAUGGUUCCAAAUUAUCAUGCUCAAUCUUGCUUUUAAAAGGAAAUUACAAUUUUAUGUGUUGCUUAAAACUGUGGCCUUAAGACAUGUAUGGAAAAAAAAACAACUUGCUGGAAUGGAUGAUGUGAUGUGAACCUUUAAAGCAUAAUAUAGGUGGUAAGGGGUCAGAAGACAGGUGCUUCUCCAAUCCCCAUCAAUCAUGGACCAGAGUCGAGGGGGAGGGAAGACAAUGAAUAGGACAACAAAUGCCAAAAUUCAGUGUAUGUUUGAUUUCCAUGCGCUUAGCUUCAAACAGUGAUUGUUAAGAGGUCUGCCGUUUCACCUGCGGAGUCUAUGCUUAAUAUUACCUGUUUACCAUGGAUCAGGAUGAGAUGCCCUCAGCCUCUGAGGAAGUUGGGGGGGGGGGUGUCCCUCAUUUAACAAAGGCCAAAUAAAAGUAGGAAUGAGAAAUAUAUAUUAGGGCAGAUAUUGCAUGUUGAUAAUGCGUUGUCCAAGUAGACAUACAUUUUCCCUCCAUCGAAUCAUGAAAUAAAUUCACCAACAUAGCCCACAACCCUCAUUCCAAGGCUCUGUAAUUGUACAUUACUCAGAAAGAUACUGGGAUAGUUCAGACCUCUGGUUUACCAAGAGAUUCAGGGUAUUAGUGCUGUUGAACCUCACGUCUUUAUGUCUCCUCAUUUCUGGCCCAUCUGAACAAUACAAAUGAGCCUCAAGCAUUGUUUGCCUCCAUUCGGGAGGAAUACCCGCUGAAGUUCACUAUUGAAAAGACAACAAAUUUGUCUAUAUUGCCUCAAUCUAUCCAGGCUGGAAUGAGUUGGGUUGGGUUGG